AACGUCAAGUUUCACCCCAUUUUGUUUCUGUUCUCUCACUUGCCUCUCUUUGGUUUUGCUUUGCCAACCUUUGUUUGUUAACCCCCGCUUACCCCUUAUUUAUUCAGCACUCCGUCUUCCUCCCUGUUUCCUGGGGUUGCUCUUUCUUGGUCCUCUCUAGGGUUUUUUUUUAUUUUUUAUUUUCCGGGAGAGGUCUCGAUCGAAUUCGCUGGAGCUUCGCAACGUCCCCAGCAUCGGAAUUCAGGUAAAAAUGCCACCUUUCUCAUGCUCCACGCCUUCUAAUGCGUUGCUUCCGGCGAAAACGGACUCCAAUGUGGUGACCAUCAACGUGGGUGGUCAGAUUUUCCAGACCACCAAGCAGACCCUCGCUCUCGCCGGCCCCAAAUCGAUCCUAUCUACGGUGGCCAACUCCCAAUUGGCUCAUCUCAGCGAGCAUUUCGUCGAUAGAGACCCCGAAUUGUUCUCCAUCAUCUUAUCCCUCCUCAGGACUGGCAAUCUCCCCUCGAAAGCUAAGGCCUUUGAUCUCCAGGAUGUGAUCUCUGAAUCCCAGUUCUAUGGGGUCGAGUCCCUUUUGGUCAAUUCCGUGUCCAACCCGUCUCAGUUCGAAGCCUUCAACCUCGAGAAAUCGGUGGUUUUGCCGCUGAAUGGCCGCGAUACGCCGUCCACGAUUGCCGCCACGCCGUUCGGGUCCCUCCACGUCGCGCACGGGAGCAAAAUCACCUCGUUCGAUUGGUGUCUGGGGAGGAAGAAGACUAUUCUGACUCAAUUCACUGCCGUUGACUCGCUGCUGCCCAUCUCGCCGGCUGUAGCCGCAGCUGGCGCCACCGACUUUUCAGGUUUGCAGAUACUUGAUCUUGAGAAUGGGUCUGUUAGAGAGACUUUGAAUUGGGAGAAUGUGACUAGGUCUGGUUCAACCGUGCAAGCGAUUGGUUCAUCGGGUGAGUACUUGUUUGCUAGCUUUGAAUCAGGUCGGAGGAACUCGAAUUCGAUCUUGGUUUAUGGCUUGCAGAGCUUAAGGCCAGUCACAGAGAUCGGUCAUAAUGAGAUAUUCGGUGCUGAUCUUGAUUCAGCUAUUCCAGCAACGAAAUUGAAGUGGAUUCCAAGUUAUAAUCUUUUGAUGGCAUCUGGGUCUCAUGGUGGGCCAUCAGGUGUAUCGGGCAAUAUCAGAUUGUGGGAUAUAAGGACGGGGAGAAUAGUUUGGGAGGUGAAGGAUAAAGAUGACUGCUUUUCCGAUGUUGCAGUCUCUGAUAACCUAUCUGCCAUGUUUAAAAUUGGCGUGAAUUCAGGCGAGGUGUUUUAUAAGGAUUUGAGGAACUUGGAUGAUGAGAAGUCUUGGGCUUGUCUUGGAGAUAGGAGAAACUUGCUAAAUGGAAAGAAGGAAGGAGUUGGUUGUAAAAUCGAGAGUCAUGGGAAUCAUGUCUUUCGUACUAAAAAGGGCGAUAUAGAGUUGUGGUCAGAGGUGUUGAUCGGCUCUGGGAAGAAAAGCGAUGACGGUUUAGGAGAGAGGGUAUUCAGGAAGAACUUAAUGGGAAGAACAAAAGAUAUGGGAGGAGCUAAGAUAACCAACUUGGCUUUUGGAGGGAACAAGAUGUUCAUCACCAGGAAGGAUCAGCAGUCUAUUGAGGUUUGGCAGAGUUCAGUAAGAGGAUUUUGAUCCCAAUAAUUAAUGUGGAUUAUUAGAUUAUUGGCAAAGGUCUGCGAAUAGCAUUGUGUUGUAAAAUACAUUGCAGCUGAAUCUUUUGUAAAUAUUUGUGUUCGUUCUUCCCCAAGCAAGAAAUUGUAGAAGAAUGAGAUGUCAGUCAGUUGGAUUUAGAUACUUGUUUCCUGUCAUUUGCAGUUGCAGUUCAUUUUCCUAAGUCAAACAGUUUAAUGCACGUAUUCAUAAGCGAGAAGAUGAAUAUCUGGUUCAGAUUUUUACUUC